AUGGAUCCUUCUCCUGCCCCACAAACCCCGGAUUUCAUCCUAAGCAUCGUUCCAGACUUUCGCAACUUUGAUCUCACAUGGAAUAGAGAAUGCAUUUAUUUACAAUUUGAAAUCUUUUGCGAUCUUCCCGAUCAUAGUGGUAACAUCGGCAUCAUGGCGGGCCACCUAGUCAAUCGCGCACUUGCAGAAAAAGCAGGAUUUGGGAGAGCGAUGGAAGAUAUAGAUACUGAAUGCAGCUUGACAAUGGCGAGCGUGAUGUUUGAUGAAUAUGGUCAACUGCAGCAAAAAUGGUUCCAAGGGCCUCGGAAGGGUUCGGGCAUUUGGGAUGCUCGUAUAAACAUUGGCAAUUUUCUUAUGAUUGAUUUGAUGAGAGUUGAAGAGCAGUAUCGUCGCAGAGGCUUUGCAAAGUAUUUAGUGUCCGGAUUGCUAUUUAAGAUGAGAGCCUACAGAAUCGACAUCUCAUACGUUUUCACAUAUGUAGGAGAACUGAAAGGAACAGCAAGAAGAGAUGCGAUUGCAUUUUGGAGAGCAAUAGGUUUCAAAAGAAUUGGACUGUCCCACGUAUUCUGUUUUGCUAUGUCAAUGGAUGACAAAUCGAAGAUGCCGGAUGCGGAGAUAGAAGACGCGGAAAGAGAUACAUAUGAUUCCGGCAGUUCAUAUUCCACAGAAUAUGAGUUUUCUUCUCCAGCGCAAAGUCAUGAAGAUGAAUCAUUGCCCCAGUCGCUAACAACUGAGAGAUUGAACGAGCUGGACGAAUCCCAAUUGCCACCCUUUGGUGAAGAGGGUGCAUCGGAACAUUCAAACGGCCCGAGUCCACCUAUCGAUGAAGAAGCUCUAAUGGCGGAGUUGUUCAGCCCAGAUAAUCAGAGUUCACACACUAGUGUCGAAGGGCCAAAUAUGAGCAUGGAAGAUCUAUUGAGGAAUUAUUGUCGGGGAGAUGAUGAAGAAGACAGUGAGGAUAUAUUUCGUUUCUCGCCGUGA